CGAUGUCAUACUUAUGAUAGUCCUAGGAAAGAAGCAAGAGUCGCAUCGAAGGAGCUGAACAUACUUAGGUUGCAGUGAUACAAGCAGAUCUUCUGCAUAACUCUUAUGGAAACCACAUGCCUCUUCUGAUCUUCUGCCAUUCGCAAUGUCCAGAGGACCAUGAGCCCAUCCAGCUCCAUUCUACAGUAUGAGCCUCCGAACAAUAGGGGGCGCUGUGCUCAGCUCCCUGGGACCUAGUCUGGUAUCUCAAGCUGGAGGAUCCUGGAGCUCUCUAUCCCUUAGGCCCAUACCCUCCUUACUCCAGACCAUGGUACCUUCUGGUUACAGUGCUCUACAGGAGGAACGGCUGGCUAUGGUGGACCUCAGCACACCCAAGCCAGAGAACCUCAAGAACGGCUUCCAUCGUGAAACUCGUCGCCUCUCGGAACGCAGCGGCCGGGCAUCCAUCAGCCUAUCCGAUGCUGGAGAUGACCGCUAUGCUGAGACUGAACUCCUGCUGCCCGAUGGCAGGCUUUCAGGAGAAGAGGCAGAUGAGGAAGAGGAGAGUAAAGAGGAAGGGCAGCCAUUGCCCAUCAGGAACAUGCCCAAAGAGUCGCCCCUUGCCAUGGCUCUGCAGAUACUGUUGCCCUUCCUCCUAGCUGGGUUUGGAACGGUGUCGGCCGGAGUGGUACUGGAUAUAGUGCAGCAUUGGGAAGCAUUUAAGAACAUUACAGAGAUCUUCAUUCUGGUUCCUGCUCUCCUGGGCUUGAAAGGAAACUUGGAGAUGACUCUGGCAUCCAGACUUUCCACAGCGGUGAAUGUGGGGAAAAUGGACUCGCCUAUAGAGAAGUGGAAUCUCAUUAUUGGAAACUUGGCACUGAAACAAGUGCAGGCCACAGUUAUUGGGUUCCUGGCGGCUGUAGCAGCUGUCAUAUUUGGCUGGAUUCCUGAAGGAAAGUUCCAGUUCAGUCACGCAGCGCUGCUCUGUUCCAGUAGUGUAGCCACAGCCUUCAUAGCAUCUGUACUACAGGGUAUAAUAAUGGUGGGUGUGAUCGUGGGUUCCAAGAAGACUGGUAUCAACCCUGAUAACGUAGCCACACCCAUCGCUGCCAGCUUUGGUGACCUCAUCACACUGGCCAUUCUGGCAUGGAUAAGCCAGGGCCUCUACAACUGCCUGGACUCGCACCCAUACGUGUCAUCUCUGGUGUGUGCCGCCUUCAUGUGUCUGACUCCACUGUGGAUGGUCAUCUCUUCCAAACAUCCAGCCAGUCGACAGCUGCUUUACUCAGGCUGGGAGCCUGUUAUAACUGCCAUGUUCAUCAGCAGUAUCGGAGGACUCAUCCUGGACAAAACUGUGUCUGAUCCCAACCUAGCUGGGAUUGUGGUUUACACGCCUGUUAUAAAUGGUAUUGGGGGAAACCUGGUGGCCAUCCAGUCCAGUCGGAUCUCCACCCAUCUGCACUUUCACAGCGCCCCUGGAGAGGUUCCUGAUGAGUCCAAGGGCUGGUACUGUCCCUGCCGCACCUUCUGUGGCACAGGAGCCAAUCACAGGUCAGCACAGGUACUGCUGUUGUUGGUUAUUCCUGGUCAUCUGAUCUUCCUUUACACCAUUGACCUGAUGGAGAGGGGUCACACCACCCUGACGCCAGUCUUCAUGUCCGUGUAUUUGGCUGCUGCUCUUUUCCAAGUGUUCUUGUUGCUUUGCAUAGCAGACUGGAUGGUUCACUCCAUAUGGAAAAGUGGAAAGGAUCCGGAUAGUUUCUCCAUUCCGUAUCUAACAGCAUUGGGGGAUCUUUUUGGCACCGCCCUUCUGGCUCUCAGCUUCCACUUCCUGUGGGUCAUAGGGGACCAGGACAGUGAUGUGGGGGACUAAAGGUGUACUUCUCAUCUGACCUUUGACCCAUGGAUCAAUCUAUUCCAUUCCUGCUGGCCUCAACUCAGCAGAGACCUUUUAUGGCUGCUGUCAGACCAAAUGGAUGCUCUUUUUCUGCCCUGAUUGGGUGACUUCCUUAUAGUGUACCUCACAGCCGUGAGGGCAACAAAGCAAAUGUAGCAUUUUUAUGUCAGAUUUUGUGAUUCUUCAAGUGCCAGAUGAUUUAUAAGCAGCAUUGAGAGAUUCAGCACUUGGAUGCCAUAAAAAUAUUUUACGGUGUAUAGCUGUUGUAGAUUGACCAUCUCUAUCGGCUUAACAGGCUGAUUGUAUGUGCAACUGUUUGGGGGCUGUACGAAAAGCAUUGUAUUAUAAAUGCCCACUCCUUCCCAAACACAGUUCUCUAUAUCGAUACUAUAAUGUUAAUAUGGAAGAACCAAAAAUAUUCCCUUUAAAUAAAGCUAAGUAAGAUUGUCAUCAAAAUCCUCUUUAUUUUACCCAUAAGCUCUUUUGAGAUGGACAGUUUACACCAGUUAUCCAAUCAGAUCUCUUCAACAUACACUGUUAAAAGUAUAGUUGCACAAAUUUCACCCAGCCGGUGUCUGGUCAAUUUGCAAAGCCUCUGUAAUUCAGUCUGAAGAGUUUAAAAGUAGGACUUGUUAUUGCUUAAUGGCUUAACGAGUAUACAUGGAAACUACUUUGAGCUGCUUGUUCAGAGAGAAAUUUAUCGAUCUGACUCUUGAAUAAUGACCCAAAAUGGAGUUCUUUUUGUGUCACCAACAAUUUCUGUGUAUUUUAUGCUCUGAAAGCAACUCAAACUGAAAUUGGAUGAAUGUGCCACAGAACAGCUCAUUUAUAUUUCUUGUAUGUGUAAAAGUUUUUUGUAUGACCUAAGGUGCAAUCAAAAUGGAUUUCUACUGUCACCAAUGGAAGUUUCUUGGGUUAAUUUUGUGUCAUGCUUUUUUUGAUACUCAAAUUUCUUUUUAAUAAAGGAUUAUUAAAGGUUUA